UUUCCCUGGAGCUUUUAAACCUUCUUCCCUGUUCUCCUGCGUUUUCGCGAGUGGUGAGAAUGGAGUGUGCGGUCUGUGUCUCCGUCAGGAAACGAAUAAUCCAGGUACACCCCUUCUGCUAAAAGCAGGCAGUUCGUGUCAUUAUUUAUCAGUUCUUUGGUGCUUCCAUGUUCAACUGAGAGGUGUUAACUACUACUCUCAUAGGAGCUAGUAACGCGGUAAAUUAAUGACUCGGCAAGAUGAAAAAUGUGAUGAACGCUUUAAGUUAGAGAUUUCUUCUUUCUCACCGUUUUUUCCCCCAACCUGAUGUGCUUGCACCUGGAUGCAAAACCGUUGGUUUGCCAAAGGAAAGGUGCGUGUAGCUCCAUGAGUGGCGAAAUUACAGAUAGAUCCUCCCUAUUGAAUGUUCCCCUCUUCCUGCGUGUGUUUUAUCGGGUUUUGGAACAAGGAUGCUACAGAAAUGGCAGCAUUGAUGGGACAGGUAAACAUUAUCCACGCAAGAUUUUUCCCAGUUCUUAGUGCAGUUAUUUCCAAUUUUAACGGUUAUGACGGAUCCUUGAUAUGUAGAAUGAGAUCCACUGAUUCUACAUGAUGGUGUCGCGAGACUGAAAUUGUCUCUUGGUGUUAGACAUGUUUUUUUCCUGAAACAUGCGUGCUUUCUCCAUGAAAGGAGAAGUUAUGGGUUGUUUCUCCUUGAUGAAGAGGAGAGUGUCGCCAGUCUUUUGGUGUGAGGCUUCUGCAGAAAAGGUAGCACGAGUGUCACAGGUAAAUUCGUCCGUGCAUUUUUUCUCUUUGCAAUUACUUUUUUAACGGGCACGUGAAGUACACUUUCCAUAAAAUUUCAGGUCGGUCCUCCGAAAUUUUCCACCUGAACUCUGAGACAGGAGAAAUAUCCCUUAAGGAUGACAUGGACUUCGAAGAAUUACCCUCACAUGAACUGGAGGUGCAGGCACGGGACGGCGGGGGAUUUCUAGAAAGAGCGACAGUCACGAUAACGCUGACAGACGUCAACGACAAUGCACCCGAACUGACAGUGUCAUCGUCUCUGAGCGAGAUCUCUGAGGAUUCCCCGACGGGGACAGUGGUGGCUCUACUGCACGUGCAGGACCGCGACUCGGGGGUAAACGGCGAGGUGCGGUGUAGCAUUGCAGACAACCUCCCAUUACGCUUGGAGAGGUCGUUUGAUAAUUACUACCGCGUGGUCACUGCUGAGGAGCUGGACCGGGAGCAGGUGUCGGAGUACAACGUGACGGUGCGGGCGGCGGACGGCGGGUCGCCUGCGCUGUGGAGUAGUGCCGUGCUGUGGCUGCGGGUGCUGGACGUGAACGACAACGCGCCGGUGUUCGCGGAGGCGCGCUACAGCGCCCGUGUGCCCGAGAACAACGCGGUGGGCGCGCUGGUGCUGAGGGUGCAGGCGUGGGACGCGGACUGGGGGCAGAACGCGCGCGUUUCCUGUUGCAUGAUGUCUUCCGUGAAUGGCAGUUAUUGAGCACAGAUGGACAAUUUAUAUUAAGAUUUGAUGACUGUAUCUUUAUUAGAGCUGCAUUUAACAUUUAUUUGAAUUACUGUGAUGUUUGGGUAGAACAAAGACUAUUUUGAGAUAGGGCAGGUCAAAACGUGGUGUGCUGUAAUCAAAAUGCCUACAAGGUAGGUUACAUGAUUCAAUUUGUCCUGCUUGUUAGACGGAACCGACAGUUGUGGCUCCACACAUGUUCCCUCUUCUAUUGUCUGAAGGAAUUGCAUGAAAGAACUGUGUCUGCGGUGUGAGAUGCUGUGUGAGUCUUCUGUGGACUUUUUAUCAACCAGAUACCUGUCUUGUGUACCUACUACAGUUGACAUAAUCUGAAAUGUUAAGCUAUUAUUCCUUUACUUGUGCAAGUUUCCCAUUCUUGCCUUUUUUCUUAUCCAGGUCUACAGUUGGGCCUCAUUGUGGCUGGUGGCCCUGAAAACAUGGUGGCCCUGAAAACUCUUAUAGUCGUUUGGUUGGGGAAGCAGUUUGUAGCCAUACUUGGAAGGUGUUCAGCUGCAAGACAAAGGUUGUCAUAGACCUCUGUUUCGCUAAAUGUCACUGAAUGGCAUGUUCUUUUGCUUGUAGCUACCAUAUUGUCAAAACAGUGGAUAGUGAUUUUGAUUCAAGAAAAGGCUGUGAAUGCAGAGUAAGGAGGGUGAGAGAGUGGCUUAAAACCAUGGAAGUAUGUGAGUUAAUGUUGCUUUGAUUUUGUGCCUGGUUCCAAGGCCUGUGCCAUGUUUGCCGUGAUCCUGGAUUGCCUGUCCUGAAAGGCAAUUGUAAUUCUCUAAUUGUAAAGUAUUUGCACAAUAACUGUGCAUGUAGAUUGAUGAUGCAUAAACGGCUUAUAAUUCCUGUGUAAAAUCUCCUUUUUCCAUCUCUGUCUCUCUAUAACUUUGCAAUGUAGAGUUGCUCCACUGUUGUAAUUACACUUGAUUUCAGGUCUUUCUUUUGGCCAGUGCUUUUGCAUUUGAAAGUGUGAGUGCAUGUGUUGUUUUGCAGCAACCACUUCCUUCAAACACCAAAGUUUUUUUUUUUUUUUUUUUUUUUUUUUUUUUGUGAGAAAAAUGAAGCAGAAGAUAAAGAAGUAUCUAUUGUAGUUUCUCAGGAGCUUUUAACUUGAGAAUGAGGCCCAUGAUAAAGUGUUUACACAUAUGGUUUUCAUAUAUGUGGGAGAUGAGUAGGCCACAUAUUAGAAGAUGUGAGGAAAUCCAAUGACUAUUUCUUAAAAAGAAACCCCCAGAAAUGUUGUCCAGAGUAAGAUUGUAAGAUUGCACUUGCAGUGUGAGACCACAAUGACUUCUAAUGCUCUCAGGGAUUAAUUUCCACAUCUGUAGUGAAUCCUGAGACAUCCUUCGAAUGAAUUUCUCUGACAACACUUUAUUGAUUAAUGCUUCCUUAUAUUGGUUGGCUGGUUUCUGGUUCUGUUUUUCUUCUUUUGGUUUCCUAGCUAUGAAGGUUUACUUGUAAUUAUUGGCAUACCUGGUUUAGCAAUGUGUUGUGUAUUCUUGCGUCUUGCUCACGCUAUACCGGGUGUUAAAAGCAGGAGACGUGAGGCUGCCUUUGUGUUAUGUUUUUGAUAGGGAGAGUAGAUGAAAAAAUUACUACAGAAGUCACAUCUCUGUAGAGCGUUGUUUGUCAUGAAAGAAAGGAUUCGACUUAAGCUAUUUGAUGGCCAUUUUUGUUUUUCUGUUCAGCAUUUUUGUGCUUUAGAAUCCUCUGUUUCUCAUCAGAAUGGUGGUGAGCAGACAAAUGUACCUUUCUUCUUGGUGUGAUCGUAGUACAUUAUCAUCUCAUGAUAUGUUUUUCCCAAUUCUGAGAAGGUCAGAAGCAAACCUGCAAGUUGUGUAGGGUUGGAGAGAAAACAGAGCAGCCUGUAGAAGAACAGGCAGUCAUUUCCUUCCUUGCCGCAAUUAACACAAACAUGUGCUUAAUGGAGUACUAUGCACUUUGCGUUGCUUCUGCUGAAUAGUUUGACCUAAGAAAUGUUAUUAUUCUACUUGAUCCAUUCACUUCAGUAUGUUUCUAACUUUUCCCUUGCUUCUUGUCAUGACCUUAACCUCAGGGUAUCUGAUCAUAUUUGGAAAGUCUUAUCUGUGCUCACUCCCAUACGCACCUUUGAUUUUUACAGCUGUGGAGAGGAAGGCUUUCAUAAACAUAUGUUUCUUCCAGAAACACACUUGUCUCUAGUGAAAGAAAGCAAAACGAUCUGUACUGCAGUCCUCAAAGCACCGAGCGGCAACCCAGCCCAGUCAAGGUUUCCAUGAACAAGCUAGAGAUCCGUGGCAGAACGUCUAUAGGAUGUCUCCCACAUAGUCCCCCAAAACAUGCUGACUGCUAAACUGGAGAGAGAUUGGUUUGACUGGUGGACUGUUGGAUGGAGAAAGAACUGGCUGGACAUCCACAUCUCAAGAGUUAUAAUUAAUAAUUGAAUGUCCAGCUGGCAACCAGUAGCAUAUGGUGGACCAGUACUAUUUAGUACCUUCAGAGACAGUGGGAUUGAGUGCACCCUCAGCAAAUUUGCAGACAACACUAAGGUGAGUGCUGCAGUUGAUUCACUCAAGGAAAGAGAUGUCAUCCAGAGGGACUCUGAUAGGCUUAAGAAGUGGGCUCUUAUGUGCACCUCAUGAAGUUUGACACGACUGAGUGCAAGGUCCUGCACCCCGGUCGGGACAAUACCCAGUUUCAAUACAGACAGUGGGAUGAAUGGACUGACAGCAGCCUUGCAGAGAAGGAUUCAGGGGUACUGGUGGGUGAUGAAUGGGACAUGAGCUGGAAAUGUGCAUUCACAGCCCAGAAGGCCAAUUGUAUCCUGGGCUGCAUAGCAAGUAGUGUGAGUGGCAGGUCAAGGGAGGUGGUUCUCCCCUUCUACUCUGCUUUUGCAAGAAUGCACCCGGAGUACUGUGUGGAGGUCUUGAGCACACACUACAAGAAAGACAUUGACUUGUUAGAGUAGGUCCAGAGAAGUACUAUGAAAAUUGUCAACGGUCUGGAACAUGUCUGCUGUGAAGAGGGCUGAGAGCGUUGAGGUUCUUCAGCCUGGAGAAGGCUCUCAGCAGAUGUUAUUGCACCUGACAGCAGGCCCUGUCAUGACAGGACAAGAGGUAAAGAUUUUAAGCUGAAAGAGGGUAGGUUUAGAUUGGACAUAAGGAAGAAAUGUAAAUGAUAUGUAUGUGAAAAGUCAGGAAGGUUUGGAAAUAAUAAUCGUGGGAACUGUUAAAGGGAAAAAGAGUUCUGUUUUGCUGCUUUCACUGUUCAGUUCACGUCUGAGUUUCUUCUUCCCAGGUCAGUUUGGUCUAAGACACAUUAUUCCAGGUGUAUUGGGAACUCUGUGUGUUUGCAGGUUGUUGGGAUGUACUUUAUUCAUAGUUUAAGUAUGUACUUAUUAUAAAUGUUACGUAUGGAUAGGCUGACAAUGUACUAACGGUAACUGGUGGAACCAAAUGAUUAUUCAUUCCCUACUAAAUACCUGGGUUAUGUUACUUCACCAGGAGCCAUAAUCUUUAAGAGUAUUUUGUGAUACCUUCCUUUCUGCUGGUAAUAAUUUCUUGCCUUGCUCAUUGUAAUGAUCUGAAGAUGGGUCUUUGUCUCUGACAAUGUGUGGAACGUCCCAUCUGCUACAUUUGCCUGAGUGUCCCCUACGUGCCUUUCAUGUUUACAGCUGUAAAGAGAAAGAUUUCCAUAGAUAUGUUUCUUAAAAAUGUUAUUGCAAGAAAUGCACUUGCUUGUCACAUACACAUGCUGAGAAGUCAAAUAUCAUCCAUGGUAAGGAGAAGAUUUCUGUGCAGCUUUCCAUUAGGUGGAGUGCAUGUGCAAAUGAUGAACACCAUUUAUAACCAUGUGAGCUGUGUAGUGUUUCAGGAGAGUUUUGAGGGUGCUGUGUGUGAGGAGGUACUGGUGGAGAACUGGCAUGUGUUUUGUUGAUUCCCAAGGAUUGUUUCUGACCUUCUGAAAAUGUGUCUGAAGGUGUCUUAUUAUUACCUUGCUCAGACAGACCUCCUGUAGGUUCAUCAUUGUUCUUUCUUAUGGCAUGAUGUUCCCUGUGAAUGGUAUUUGAAGGCUUGCCUUGCUUGUUGUGAUGAGGUAGAGGUGGGGCUCUGUGUCUGAUCAUGCACCUGAAAAAAUCACUGGAAUUUAUGCCCUUUCUUGUCACAUAGGCAUGAAGAGAAGUCAGUGCAGGAUCAGCAAGAGACUGACCUGGAAGCAGGAGAAGAGAGGGUUGUAUACUCCGACUGGGCAGUGCUUUAAUGUAAUGCCUAGUGCCAAGGCCUCUGCCACUUACACUACAGCCCUUUUCCUGCCUCCUGAAAGAGGAUGACAAUCUUGUGACAAGUCGUUCUGCAAGUAAUAGGCAUGAGAAUGCAAACAUGUCUCAGGGGUACUAUUUCUAGUGUUUGUUGUGUCAAAUGUCCCUUUUCCAGAUACAUGUGCUUGUAAGACAGUGAUAUACAGUUUCAUUCUCAUUGUAUUAAACUUUUCCCAGCCUUGACCAGCCUUUGUAUAUUGUUAAUGGUUCUUGCUCCUAUGAAGUAACUGGUGAUGUUUCAUCAGCAUUAAAAGUGCUGUGAAUGUAGGGAGUGGGAGUGUAUUUUUGUCAGGAAGUUUUGGGUUUGGUCUUGGUAUUUGAACUAGGUGCAAGGAGGGUAUUCAUUUUACGCACUGUCAUGUCCAUUACACCUUUUCCUGUGAAUGGUAGCCAUUGAGAAUAGAGGCAAACAUUGCAUUGAUGGUUGCAGAGUCACAUCUUUUCCAAAUUGCUCCUGUGUAUGAUGGUGUUUUGAUCCGAUACUGAUGACUAAGCCUUUAACUGAACUGCAUGUUGCUUGUGCCCUUAGAACAUUUUCUAUUUCUUGAAAUAAGUGUGGUGAACAGGGAAGUUUCUAUGCCUGCAUUCAUGUUGUGAUCCUUGGUCUCCAUAAGGUGGAGCUGCAUGUGCAACGUGUCAGUGGUGUUUGUCUACAAAGUUUUCUUCCUUGUGUGAUGUUGGAGCAUACUGAAGCAUUUGGUCUGCAAAGAGAAAGUGCAAGUGGCACGGCUCACUCUGCUAUAGUUUGAAAUGUCUAAAAGGGAGGUGUAAAUGCUAAUUUCCUCCUACUUGUUAAAUGGGCCCCAUAGUUCUCCUUCUGUGCAUUUUCCUUUUCUUUUUGUCCAAAGAAAUUCUUCAGAGAACUGUGACUAUAGUGUUUGGUAUAAACUCCUGUGUGAUCCUCCCAUCUACUUUUUAGCAACUAGAAACCCUUCUUGUGUACCAACUACAACUGAUAUAAUCUGAAAUAUUAACCUAUGAGUCCUUUGCUUCUCUAGGUUUCCUAUUCCUUCUAUGUUUCUUCUUAUGUUCUGAAACUGGGCAUCAUUUUGGCUGAUAGUUCUUAAAGUAGUGAUCUGUUAAAAUUAUCAAGCCACAGGAGCAGUUUCCACCCAUAUCUUGAAGAUGUUCAGCUGUCAAGACAAAGACUUCCUACACCACUGUUUCCCAAAAACGUUGCUGAAUGAAAUGCUUGUUCACCUGUGACUGACAUAGAGACAAAAUUUGGAUAUUGUCCAUGGUGCAACCAAAUGCUGUGAAUGCAGAGCAAGGAGGGUGAGAGGCUGUAUUCCAACCAGGAAAAUAGGUGGACCAAUGUGGUUUUGGCUGGGCAAUGGUUUGAUUUCAUGCCUGCUGCCAAGAGAAGGACUCGUGGGUAACAUGUUUGUUGGAGGUUGCAUUUGGCAUAGUUAUCAUGAAAUGAUUGAGUUUGCUAUUACUGGACAAGUAAGGAGGCUGGUCAACAGAACUACUACUUUUGACUUCUGAAAGGCAGACUUUCAUUUAUUUAGGAGUCCCUUGGGAGGCAGUCCUGAAGGACAAAGGAGUCCGGGAAGGCUGGUCUCCCUUCCAGACAGAAAUCUUAGAGGCACAGGAACAAGCUAUCCCCAUAUGCUGAAAGGUGAGCUGAUGGGGAAGAAGGCCAGCCUGGAUGAAUAGAGAACUGUGGCUCGAAUUUAGGAAUAAAAGGAGAAUUUAUAACAUUUGGGUGGAGGGGCAGGCUACUCAAGAGGAAUUCAAGACUGCUAUGAAGUUAUGAAGGGGGAAAUAUAGAAGGGCCAAAGCCCAGUGAGAUCUAAGCCUGGAUAUUGCUGUAAAAGACAACAAUAAAUGUUUCUGUAAAUAUAUCAGCAAUGAAAGGAGAGCUCAGGACAAUCUCCAUCCUUUGAUGAAUGCAGGGAGAAACACAGUGACAGAAGAUGAGGGCAAGUCUGAGGUACUAAAUGCCUUCUUUGCCUUAGACUUUAAUAGUAAGACCAGUUGUGCUUCAGGUAUUCAGUCCCCUGAGCCAGAAGACAGGGAUGGGGAGCAGAAUGAAGCCCGGUAAUCUGAGGGGAAAUGGUUGAUGAUCUGCUACACUAGUUAGGCACCCACAAGUCUAUGGGGCCAGAUGGGAUCCAUUCAAGGGUGUUGAGGGAGCUGGUGGAGGUGAUGACGAAGCCACUUUCCAUUAUCUAUCAGCAAUCCUGUCUAACUGGGGAGGUCUCUGUUGACUGGAAGUUGGCAAAUGUGACACCGAUCCAUAAGAAGGGCCAGAAGGAGAAUCCAGGGAAUUACAGGCCUGUCAGUCUGACCUCAGUGCCAGGAAAGGCCAUAGAGCUGAUCAUCCUGAGUGCUGUCACAUGGUACACACAAGACAACCAAGCAAUCAGGCCCAGUCAGCAUGGGUUUGUGAAAGGCAAGUCCUGCUUGACCGACCUGAUCUCCUUCUAUGACAAGGUGACCUGCUUGGUACAUGAUGUAAAGACUGUGGACGUUGUGUACCUAGACUUCAGUAAAGCCUUUGAGGCUGUAUCCCACAGCAUUCUCCUGGAUAAGCUGCAGCUCAUGGCCUUAAUGGGUGUACUCUUUGAUGGAUAAAAUGAUUGACUAGAGGGCCAGGCCCAAAGAGUUAUGGUGAAUGGAGUAAAAUGCAGUUGGUGGCUGAUCAUGAGUGGUGCUCCCCAGGGAUCAAUACUUCUGUUUAGUAUCUUUAUCAAUGAUCUGGAUGAGGGCAUUGAGUGCACACUUAAUAAGUAUGCAGAUGACACUGUGGGUGGGAGUGUUGAUCUACUGGAAGGCAGGAAGGCUCCACAGAGGGACCUGGACCAGCUGGAUCAUUGGUCUGAGGCCAAUUACAUGGGGCUUAACAAGAGCAAGUGCCAGGUUCUGCAUUUGGAUCACAACCCACUGCAAUGAUACAGGCUUGGGGAAGAGUGGCUGAAAAACUACCUGGCGGAGAAGGACUUGGGGAUGUUGAUUGACAGCAGCUGAAUAUGAGCCAGCAGUGUGACCAGGUGGCCAAAAAGGCCAACAGCAUCCUGGCUUGUAUCAGGAAUAUGUGAUCAGCAGGACUAGCGAUGUGAAUGUGCCACUGUACUCUGCAUGGUGAGGCCUCACCUUGAAUACUGUGUUCAGAUUUGGGGCCUUCAUUAUAAGAAAGACCUUGGGGUACUAGAGUGAGUUCAGAGGAAGGUGACGGAGCUGGUGAAGAGCCUAAAGGACAAGUGUUAUGAGGAGUGGUUGAGGGACCUGGAUCUGUUUAGCCUGGAGAACAGGAGGCUGAGGGGAGACCUUAUCGCUGUCUACAACUACCUGAAAGGUUAUAGCGUGGAAUGCCUUGGUCUUUUUUCCGAAGUAGCAAGUGGUAGAACAAGUAGAAAUGGCCUCAAGUGCCAUCAGGGAAGGUUCAGAUUAGAUAUUAGGAAAAUAUUCUUCACAGAAAGGGUUGACAGGCAUUGGAACAGGGAUGGAGUCACCAUUCCUGGAGGUGUUUAAAAGGUGCAUAGACGAGGUCCUUAGGCCCAUGGGGUAGGGCUAGGGUUAGGUUACAGUUGGACUCGAUGGUGUUGAGGGUCUCUUCCAAAUGAAAUGAUUCUAUGAUUCAUACUGUGGUCCUAGAUUCACUGUCCUGAAAGGUCCUCUGAUAAUAAACUAUUAUUAGUGUGAACCCAGUACUGUGUUUCAUGGGUAGGACAGCUUAUGUUUCCUGUGUGAAACCUUUUGAAUGUAGAAUUUCUUCAUAUUUCUUUGGGAUCUUUGAUUCCUGGGAGGUUGUGGUUUAUUUUCCGCAUUUCUUCACAAUGCAUUUGCAUUUGAAAGUGUAGUAUUGCUUUGCAGAAAAUACUUUCUUCAACCACCCAAGGCAGAAUGUUAGGUGUAAGGAGAAUGAAGCAGAAGCUAAAAGACAUUCUAUUGCACUUUCUCAGAAGACUGGGCUUGAGAAAGAGGCCCAUGAUAAGACAUUUAAACUUACAGCUUCAUAUUUGUCGGAGAUGAGGAGACCACAUGGUAUUAAAAAGUUUCUGAGCGCUGGUAACUACUUCUUACAAUGUAGUCCAGAGCAAGACUUAAGGUUUCACUUGCAGCUUUAGAGAUAGGCAAUGUCCAGGUGCUCUUAGGGAUCAAUUCCCUUGUCUGCAGUGAAGACCAGGACAUCCUCUCAGUGAGUUUCUCUGAACACCUUCUUUUUGAGAUUUUGUUGAGUUGUUUGUCUGAUUUUGGUCUUUUUCCUGUUCUCCUAUUUUUAAGUAGCAGUGUGUCCCCAUUUAUAAAUCCAUUGUGGUUUGGUGCCUCUUGCUCAUAUUACAGCAGGUGUGUAGAGCAGGAGAUGUGAGGGUACCAUUGUGUUCUGUUUUUUUUGGUAGGGAGAGUAUAUGAAAGCAUAACCUUGAGUAGAAGUCACAUCUCUGCAUAAUAUGUAUGUGAUAAAAGACAAGAGAUUUUCUUCUCACCUAAAAUAAAAAUCACCAUGUAAGUCAGAGACUUAUAUGGAAAAAAAAGAAAAAAAAAAGAAAAA